UCCUCUUGUCCAACUCCUCCUUGUCCAACUCCUCCUUGUCCAACUCCUCCUUGUCCAACUCCUCCUUGUCCAACUCCUCCUUGUCCAACUCCUCCUCCUUGUCCAACUCCUCCUCCUUGUCCCGUAACGUCUCCAAUUUCGCCUCCGGAAUUUUGUCAAACGGUACCCGCACAUUCUCCACCUCAAUCAUCGUGUUCUCCAACUCCUCCGCUGUCAAUCGCCGUUCCGCCACUUCUUCUCGCGCCCACUUUUCUCGGGUCACAACGUCCAACGCCUUCAGUCUUGAGUCGUCCUCCGAUAAUCGCUCGGUCUUCGGCUUUUCCUUCUUUAUCAAACCUCCCACCACCGUCCCUUGCCGCCCCCGACGACCUCCGGAUUCCCCUCCACCCUCACCCUCCGGCUCCAACUCCGCUGCCAGCUUCAACGCCAUCUUGCCCACAAUCGUCCCCUGCCGUCCACGGCGUCCUUUCACCGUCGCCAAUGCCUGCUGGAUCUCCGCCACAUGUCUCACCAGGUGCGAAUCGCUGCACGGUACCGACCGCCACCAACUUUUCCUCCAACACCUCUUCGGGUACAU